UAUUCCCGAGCUUCCAUGGCCCAGACGUUGGUAGAGAAUUCCUCAACCAUGUUCAAAAUCAAUUUGCACGAAAGGGAAUGAGGACGUUCAAUGAUCAGGGGAUCGAGAGAAGCCACACCAUCGGGCCUGAGGUCGUGCAAGGGAUUAGAGAAUCGAAGGUCUCAAUCGUUGUGCUCUCGCCAAAUUAUGCUUCUUCGAGAUGGUGUUUAGAUGAACUGGUUGAAAUCAUCAAGUGCAAAGAAACCUCGGAGGAGAUGAUAGUGAUGCCUAUUUUUAACCGAGUUUCUCCAUCCAAUGUGCGGAUUCAGAACGGAGCUUUCGGAAAAGCUUUUGACAAAACCUGUGAAGGCGAAACCAAGGAAGUGAAGAAGAGAUGGAGCAAUGCUUUGACACAUGUAGGAUCUCUUCGUGGGGAUUAUGCUCUACUCUGGGAUGAUGACGCUAAAAUGCUUGAAGAUAUUGCUACUCAUGUUUCCCUCAUACUGAAGGAUAAGUGCUAGACUAGGCAAAUGCGUUGCCUUUUGUGUUAGUUUUUCUU